CGCAUUCUAACUUUACAUUUCUGGUUCUCAUCUACGGUUUACCAGAAUCACUACCAAAAAAUGGCAAUGUCAGCCAUCUCAGCACCCGAGAAAGCUCUUCGAGUGCGAGAAAACUCUGAGAAAGCCGUCCGCAAGGAAAUGCUCGGUGUCCCGCUCGAAGUCCCAUACACUGUCCUCGAGCUCGUCGGCAAGGGCAGUUUCGGCAGCGUAUUCAAAGGUGUGCACAACGAGACGAAGCAGAUUGUUGCCGUCAAGUCCCUCGACCUUGACCAACACGACGACGAGAUCAAGGAUAUACAGAAGGAGAUUGGAUUGUUGAGUCAGUUGAAGGCCGGGGAUGCGCCAAAUAUUACGGCGUUCCAUGGAAGCUAUUUGCUUGGAUCGAGGUUGUGGGUCAUCAUGGACUUUUGCAGUGGAGGGAGUGUGCGCACUUUAAUGAAAGCAGGUCCUAUAGAUGAGAAGUAUAUCAAUAUUAUCAUCCGGGAGACGCUGACGGCAUUGGGGUAUUUGCAUAAGCAUGGGAUUAUCCAUAGGGAUAUCAAAGCGGCGAAUAUUCUUGUUGGCCAGGAUGGGCGUGUGCAGCUAUGUGACUUUGGUGUGUCCGCCCAGAUCGCUGGGAAGAAUGGGAAGAGGAAUACGUUUGUUGGAACACCGCAGUGGAUGGCUCCCGAAGCGCUAUCGGGUGGUUUAUAUGAUUCAAGGAUUGAUAUCUGGUCCUUCGGCAUUACUAUUAUCGAGAUGGCGAAGCAGAACCCUCCAUUAUUCGAUAUUCCGCCAAAUAGGGUCGUCGACAUGAUACCGAGGCUCCCACCCCCGAGGCUUGAGGGCGGAAAUUGGUCGAACCAGUUGAGGGAGUUUGUGGCUUUGUGUUUGAAUGAGGUUCCGGAGGAGAGAGCUACCGUGGAUGAGCUUUUACGCUCCAAGCUAGUGAAGGCUGCUAGACUACCUACUUCCACCAUGAGGGAGCUUAUUGUUCGGUAUGAUUAUUGGGCGAGUAGGGGCGGCGUUCGAGACUCUAUGUGGCAAGCUACGCUACAGAACGACAUGGAUCACUUGAAUGCUAUUUUGACCAGUGAACCCGGGUGGGACUUCGAUACAGUAAAGUCCAGACUUUCGGGAGUGGCAGAAUUCAUGCAAGAGGGAAUUGGCUCGGUUUCUAAUGUUUCCACUCUGAGACCCCACCAUAUGAGUCCACCUAUCUCUGAUGCUGCCCGGCAGAGAGCUGGAGAGGGCCUUUCCCGACUUUUCCGAAGUCCCGAAGAGGAGGCGCAACAACAAAGACAGCAGCAGAAUGGUCAAAAGAAAGGAUAUGGGGCGCUGGGUCCAACAUCGGAUUUGCAGUUUAGGAGCGGUUCAAGUACUCGUUCCGGAACCCCGGAAAACAACAUGAUAUCAAUACCUUCCUUUGACGGCAACGGGAUGCGUCUUCACGAUAAUAGGUCUAACAGCCCUAUUGGCCAAAUCAUCAUGCCUUAUAUGCCCUCGGACGAAGAGAUUAUUCGUCAAGCGCAGGCAAAAGCAGCCGCCGCCGCUGCUGCCCCUCCUCCACCUGCACCUCCAGUCGCACCAACUUCUGCACCAACACCUCCACCACUUGUUCCGAUGGCUUCUUCGGACCGUAUACCAAUGGCUCGCACGAGACCUCACAGGGCCGAUUCUGUUGGGGCAUCGGUUCUGCGCCCGACCGGAUUAUCGACUCCGUCGCCGACUCCCGAUGGUCAAAAUCGCGAUGCUUCUCCUAGGAGACCUUCCACGGCAGCAUCCGCCCCGUCUUCCCCUCCUCGUCCCGGCAAUUAUCAGCAAAACUUGAUGGGGCAGAAUGGGCUAAAAUCUCGUCACCCCCCACCGAAAUCGGCCGAAGGGAGUAGCCCGGGAACUAGUGCGCCUCCUCUUCCUAUCAUCAACAGCUCGCCGCAUGGAAAGCUCCGCAGUGCAGACUCGACUCCACCUCACGGUAAGUCCCGUUCACAGGAUAUCACAGGCAGAGGCCUUCAGAAACCCCCGAUCAAAGCCAAUUCCAAUAGGCCAAACCAUCUGAAUCUUGACCUACCCGGCAAUCCUCACCACAAUGGGAACGGUGUCUCAAACGGAAUACUCCCACCAUCGCCUUCCCGCCCGACUUACCCGUCGCACACCCCGCAGCACUCCUUCUCCUCCAUACAGGGAAUCGGCGUCUCGGGUAUCCCCCGCAGUGAGCAAAUGCAACCUACCCUUGUCGACGCAACUGAAUUCCCGACCAUGGAACCCCUGAACCUGGCUGUAAUGUCUUUGGACGCCGACGAUCGGCGCGUUACGGAUGAACUCGAUAGGAUGCUUGCGGGCCUUGGCGACGCCAUGGAGUUUAUGGGAGUGAAACUUAAGGCGCUUAAAGAGCAGAGGAAGCAUGAAAGGGGGAAUAUGGAGGAAGAUGAGGGUGGGGAGAAUAGUUGAGUCGUGUGCUAACUUUGAUACCCUAGUGACUUCUACCUUAUUUUUCUCUUCUCGCCUUUAUAUUUCUCUCUUAUCUCAUCUCUUGAAUGCUUUAUAGCAGGUUAGGUUAGGCUAGAUAUUUUUAGUUUCUCGGUUUCCUAUCAUUUCUCUCUAAAUCCCUCUUCUCUUUCCUCUUUCCUUUGCGAAAAAACCAACUUUUCUGUGUGAAUGGUGCCUGGGUUCUUUGGGGAUUUUUUUCUUGCUUGCUUGAUUAAUUGGUUAAUUGGAUGAACGGGCGAACAGGAUAUAACGUAUGGCAGUGCAAGAGAAGGGUAUAUAUCACACUCACGAUUUUCCUAAUUAUCAUCAAGUCUAGGUUUCCCCCCCAUUCUCCUCACCAACGAUUGUGGUCUCCAUACUUUACUCGCAUUGACUAUAAGAUCUUUUAUUAUUUUUAUUCUCGUUUGUUUGUUUCUUCGUCUAUUAAGUUUGGGAGUUUGGGGGGAGGGGGUGUUAGCUAGCUAGUUAAGUUUGUUUGAUAAUAUUAUGAUAGAUGGGGGGGAUUCUCUAAGCGG